AUUUCGAUAAACGUCCGUACGAAUGUAUGGGGCUGUACAUUGGAAGUUGAAAUAAUAACAAGUGAAAAACUCAGAGGGGGUGUACGAAUUCUCCAGUUUAACUGUAUUGCACUAUUGCCCAUUUAGAACAAUAAAGUACCAAAUAGCGCAAUACUAGAUCCAGUGGGCAGUGUUCUCUAAAAAUAAAAUCUGGCAUCAUCACUAUCACAAAUUCAAAAUACAUUUAUGGGCGGGCCCUUCCGUUUCUUUAUUAUCUUUGGACGAAAUUUAUUAAUUUACGCUACCGUUUGAAUUUCUUAACGGCUUAACAGUUAAAAAGUGAUAUCAACAUUUAAAAUUAUUUUGUAUUUUUUGUAAUUUAAUAAUUUAUUUUGACAGAAACUUUUGUAGUGUUACUCGUGUGCUUUCUAUUUUUAUGACAGACUUAAAUUUAUUUUAAUAAUUUACCAUCACUUAUAGUUACCACAAUCCAAGAACAAACCGCCUAUGUAAAAUACAUUUGAAUUUGAACAAGUUAGUAGUCAACAACCUGUUGGAAAGAAUGGGAAGGUGUAUUUAAACUUUAUUGUUUCACUUUCGUCUUUCUCAUCGGACAGUUUUUGUUUUUGGUCACCUUCAAUUAUAUUCUUAAAAUGGCUGUGGUUGAAGAGAAUCCUAAAAAUGAAGUUGUUCAACGUAUAGAAAAAAUAAUGAAAGAAAUUUAUUCCAAACGACCUGCAAAUCAUCAGUGGAAACUAAGCGAUUUUGAAAUUGGAACACCACUUGGUCGAGGAAAAUUUGGUCGUGUAUAUCUUGCUCGGGAAAAAAAUACAGAAUAUAUGGUUGCUUUAAAAAUGAUGUUUAAAUCAGAAUUAGUAAAAGAUCACAUGGAACAUCAAGUUCGACGAGAAAUUGAAAUUCAAACACAUCUCAAUCAUCCCAAUAUUUUAAAAAUGUUGACUUAUUUCUGGAAUGAAAAAACAAUAUGUUUAAUACUGGAAUUUGCCCAAGAAGGUGAAUUAUUUAAAGUACUGAAUUCACAACCACAUAAACGGUUUGAUGAACCAACAGCUGCAUAUUAUUUACGACAAGUAGCUGAUGCUUUAAGAUAUUGUCAUUCACAAAGUGUAAUUCACAGAGAUAUAAAACCAGAAAAUCUCUUAUUGUUUAGUCAUCAUGUUAUUAAGUUGGCAGAUUUUGGAUGGUCUGUCCAUGCACCAUCCAAAUCUCGUAACACCAUGUGUGGUACUAUUGAUUAUUUACCACCAGAGAUGGUUGACUCUCAAACAUACAAUGAAUAUGUUGAUAACUGGUGUUUAGGAGUACUAUGUUAUGAAUUUUUAUGUGGAUCACCACCAUUUGAGAGUUCAGAGCAGGCAGAGACUUUUAGAAAAAUUCGUGCUGUGAUGUAUGGUUUUAAACCUCAUAUGAGUGAGAGCUCUAGACAAUUAAUUUCAAAGCUUUUAGUUAAAGUACCAAAAUCCAGAUUACCACUAACUGAUGUCAUUGGACAUCCUUGGAUUAAAAAAAAUUGUGAAAUAUUCACUAAAAUUAAACUAGAACAAAAGUAAUUUUAUUAAUUAUUCAAUAACAAACUUUCUACAUAGGUAUAAUUGUAUUUUUUUUUUCUCUAUCAAUAUGCCAUUCUUACAAUCAUUUUCGAAUAGUGAUAGUAUUUUAAAACACAAACUAAUAUUAAUUGUAUAUAAUUCAUUAAUGUAUUGAUAACUAUAAUUUAAAUGUUAAUAUGCUUCUAUUGUACAAUUUUUGAAAUGAACGUUAAUUAAUUGCAGUAUUUUUUUUAUAAUUGUGUGUGUUAUUAAGUAAGAAUCUUCAGAAUUUAAAAUGUAGCUUUUAACAUAGUGUAUUAUAUUAUGAUGUAUUAUUAUAAUAAUUAAGCGUUUUAAUUUAUUUAUAUUUUACAAAAAUUGUUUUAUACUCUGUAAUUUAUAUUAAUUAUAACAAUGUAAUAGAUUUUCAUUUCGACCUAUUACGUUUUCAAAAUAUUUGUAAAUUGUAUAUUUGUUUACGUUUUUAUCCGGGAAAACGUUUAAGCAUUCAAAUCAAUAACUACCUAAUUAAGAAAAUGGCAAGAUGUGUGAGCAAUAACAUCACUAUACUAUGCUCUUGAUUUUAGAUACAAGUUAGUAAAUUUGAAUUUCACAUUUUUUAAUAUUACCUACAUACUUUUCCCCAUCUUGAAAGGGAAAUAAUUAAAAAAUAUUCAUAAUAUUCAUUCAAUAAUUGACAUGUUAUAAUAUAUAUUUCAAUCUAAUGUA